AUGAACUCUGCCAGCCAGAAGUUCACCAUCGACGAUGCCUUUGAGCUGAGCCCCGAAGAUACAGAGACCGGGUCCCACUUCGGAAGCCUCUCCUUCGAGAGGAAGAGCAACCUGGUCAAGAGUGAGACUGUGGAGCAGGCGAAAUACUUAACUUGUCUCUUCUACCCACAGGACCGUGAAUUGGCAGUUGAAGAACUGGAAGAGAUAUCUGAAGCAUUUAAGGAGUUUGACACAGAUCAGGAUGGUUACAUCAGCUACAAGGACCUUGGGGAAUGCAUGAGGACCAUGGGAUACAUGCCUACAGAAAUGGAACUGCUGGAAGUCAGUCAGCAAAUUAAAAUGAGACUUGGCGGACGUUUGGGUCUCGAAGAUUUUGUUGAGUUAAUGGCACCAAAACUGUUGCAGGAGACAGCUCACAUGGUGGGAGUACGGGAGCUAAAAUUCGCCUUUAAAGAGUUUGACUCAGAUGGCGAUGGACUGAUUUGUAUCUCUGAGCUUGAGAGAGCCAUUAACCAUCUCCUGGGGGAGAAACUUCAACGCAAAGAGAUAGAGGAGAUGCUGCGAGAUAUCGAUCUGAAUGGAGACAGGCAGGUCGACUUUGAUGAGUUCGUCAUGAUGCUGUCUUCCCGCUAGGACAGGCGACUCUCCCGACACGGGGCCGAAGUUCAGUGGC